AUAUCACUGAUUUUAUAUCUACAUAUCUCCUCUCCUAUGACAAAAUUCCAGUUCUGAUAACAUCAACAUAAUUGUUUUAUCUUACACAUUUACACCUAUUUCCAACAAUACGACUACUGAAUACAAUUUAAGAUUUUAUGGCAGUUUUAAAAAAAAUGGCAGUUAAUUUUGUCCUUAGAGUAGAUCUGUGUUUUCAAGUCAUUCAGAAGAGCUCCAUUCUGUGUAGUUAGGUCACCAAGAUAUACAUUUAGGUUUAUUUGUUUCAUUUUACUUUCAACUUUUAUAGAUUGAUUUUUAAAAUUAAUCUUUAUCAUUUAAUCACAUAAAACAUGUAGGUUUCCAAAGUCAGAUACAUAAAACAGAGUAUAUGCAAAGUUUAGCCUCUUUUCCCUUCAUUCUAUUCUCUCCUUCCUCAUAUGAACUAUUAAAAAUUUUUGUUAUACUUCCACUUUCUAAAAAUAUAAGUAUUUAUUUAUUUACAUUUGUACCUCCCUACUCCCUUUCACAAUUGAAUAGUAGAGGUAAUGGGCAUACUUUCUUUUUCCUGACGUUAGCAGGAAAGCCUCUAGCAUUUCACCAUUGACAUCCUCUAAAACUUUUUGCAAAAUGCGGGCAACGCUAUCCAUUCUAAAUAAUCUUCCACAGCAUUUCUUGGCAAGAAAAACGAUGUGAAAACUCUCAAACUGAAAAGUGGCCCGCCAACAUGCCUGUUGACUGAGUAUUAACCCAUUUGGGGAGAGCUUCAAGAGCUCCGAACUCGACUUAGUACAUUUUACACAAGAAGAAAACUGAGAGGAACUGCCCCAAGGCACACUGGGAACGGGCGAGAGCUCCAGGAUCCUGCCCUGCAGUCCAGGGGUCCUGGAUAAGUCUACCAAGACUUUCUUUUUUAUUUUCUUUCUCUCUCUUUUUUUUUUUUUUAAAGUGUACUCAAUACACAGAUACGUAUUUUUACAGAGAGGAAUAUUUUAGGAGACCCUCGAAGGUUAAGAAGUGGCAGAAGGCUGCAAGGCUGGAUGAAGCAGUUACCGCCCGCGCAACCACGAUCGCCCAGAGCCCCAGAAGGGAGCCCCGCUCGCACCCACUCAUUCUGGGAAGCUCCGGUUCUAGUUCGGGGGCGACAGAAUUCGCGGAGAUGCUGUGAAGGCACGAAGUAGGGAGGUCCAAAUGAGAGGGCGCGGGACCAUUAAGUCAAAGCUGUCACACUUGGCGCUGGGACAGGGCAGACAGACACAGCCAGCAUUCCAGCAGAAGUCGGGCGAAGACACAGCGGGGCGAGCACACCACAGGGUAGGUUUGCGAAAGGAGAAUUGGUCCCGAUGAGGAUCCGUAGGGCUUCCACGGGCUUCAGCUGUGAAGCCCGGGCCUGGGGGCGGGGCAAAGGAAACGACGCUAAAGAGGCCCAAUAGGACGGGGCGAGCCUCCUCGGGUAGGGAUAACGGUUUCCGGUAGCGGCGAGAGGGAGGGGCGGGGGAGAGGAGUUGGCGAGUGGGGUCCUUUGACCCUUGGCCCCAGCGCCCACACCCCUGCAGCCACGCCAAGAUGAUGGGCUGUGGGGAGUCAGAGUUGGAGUCGGUGGGAAGGGAGGAGGCCGUGGCGGCCCCGGGGCCACCCCCAGAACCGCGCGCCCCGGAGUCCGGAGCCCCGGUGCCCGAGCCCGGUCUGGACCUGAGCCUGAGCCCGAGCCCGAGCUCCGAGAGCACGCAGCGGCCGAACCGCAGCCCCGGGCGGCGCAAGGGGCGGGCGGAGCGGCGGGGCGGGGCCCGCAAAGGGCGGCAGGUGAGCUGCGGGGGAGACCUGGCCGACCGCCCGCCCGCGGCCCCGCGCCCACCUCUUCACCGCCCUGCUCUCUGCUCCCAGGUUCGCUUCCGCCUGGCCCCGCCCUCCCCGGUGCGCUCCGAGCUGCCGCCGGCCGCCGCCGCAACGAGGGAGAAGCCCGCGGCGCCGCCCGACCUGGGCGCGCCCGCGCCGCACAGCAGCCUGGCCCUGAGCCUCGAGCUGCAGGCCGCGCGGGCCGCAGCUGGGGGCCCCUUCGAUGCCGCGAAGGCCGUGGAGGAACAGCUCAGAAAGUCCUUCCAGACCCGCUGCGGCCUGGAGGAGAGCGUGGCCGAGGGGCUGAACGUGCCGCGCUCCAGGCGGCUCUUCCGAGACCUGGUGAGCCUGCAGGUGCCGGAGGAACAGGUUCUGAACGCCGCGCUGCGGGAGAAGCUGGCGCUCCUGCCGCCGCAGGCUCGAGCCCCCGCCCCGAAGGACCCACCUGGGCCAGGGCCAGACAUGACCAUCCUGUGUGACCCAGAAACACUAUUUUAUGAAUCUCCACACCUGACCCUGGAUGGGCUGCCGCCGCUCCGGCUUCAGCUCCGGCCCCGCCCUUCAGAGGACACCUUUCUCAUGCAUCGGACGCUGAGGCGGUGGGAAGCGUAGACCUGGAGGCUCCCUGGAUUGCUACUUCCUAUUUUUGUUAAAACUAUUUAUCGGAAUAAAGUGGUUUUGCUAACAAAUGGGACUCUUCUUGGGAGUCUUAAGUUGGGGGUCAAGCCUCAGGUUGGAAGCUCCCUGGAAGUCAAGUUUUUGGCCCUUUUUAAAAGGAACUUCAUAGGGAUGACAAGUAGAAAACACUGUCCAAGUCAGGGGUUUAGAUGCCCUCCCCGCCUUUUCCCGACUUCAGUCACAGCUACCACCUUUCUUUUUGAUGACACCACACGUGUUCCUUUGCACCACUUAUUUCUGAUCGCUUUAACGUGUGGGCCUCAGCCCACGUUUUACACUUCAGGGAAGCCUUCCCUCAUCCUGCUCAAGGAAGCUGCAAGGCAGUUGCUAGCACCCAGCUAUUCAAAAUGAUCUUGCUUUUACCCUUAUUGACACCUGACUCAGUGCUUAAUAUUUGUUGACUGAAUGUUCAAACCUCCAGGAACACCUGACAAGCCACUGAAAAGCUUCAAGUUAAUUAAGUUGCCUAUUAGUCUGGUUCUACAGCACAAAAAGGGUGGGUGGGCUACUAGAGCAGGUGGUGGCCUGGUCCAGGUGACUUUUUCUAGCUCCACCGGUAACACUUCCCAAGUUAGCCUUCUGCCCAAAGCUCCCACACAAAUUUUGUCAAUGGGAUUUUUGUAGAGGGGAGACGAACUCUUCAAGUUUCACAUCAAAAUUUGCACUAUACCCCUUUUGUCUGACUGGCAUUCUGUAUACUUGUGUGUAGGUCAGACU